GUCAUUGCUGUUUGUAUUUGCUUUACAGAAUCAAGCAAGAAGCACCAUGACACCCCCAGCAACAGAUACAGAAUAUCCUGAGUAUGAAUACGAGAACAUCACUACAGGCCCCACCACCGCUCCACCAGUGUGCAGUGCAUUGUGUUUUUUCCUUGCAGCGGUUUGUGUGAUCAUCUACAUUCUGAGCGUUGCAGAAAACGGUCUGGUGAUCUGGACUGCAGGGUUUAAGGUAAAGAGGUCCGUCAACACCACCUGGUACCUGGCCCUGUCCGUGUCCGACUUCAUUUUCUUACUCUUCCUGCCCUUAGAUCUGAUCAGUGUGGACGGAAAUGAGUGGAACUUUAUGCGCAAGAUCAGUUCCUUCAUCAUGUCCUUCAACAUGUUCAGCAGCAUCUUCCUCCUCGUCAUCAUCAGUGUGGACCGCUGUGUGGUCAUGAUGUUUCCUGUGUGGGUACAGAACCAGCGCACAGUCAGAAAGGCCUCUGGGAUCACUGUGCUAGCGUGGAUCUUGUCAGCGGUGCUCAGCACACCAUCGUUCUGUUUCCAGGAUGUUCUGCCUGAUGAACAAACUGCUAAAGUGGUGUACGAGUUCAUUUUUGGAUUUAUGAUUCCUUUUCUCAUCAUUAUCAUCUGUUAUGUCGUCAUCAUAGGAAAACUCAGAACGUCCAAUCACACGCUAAGGUUCAAAAAGCCAUUCAAGAUCAUGACAGGACUGAUCGCCUCCUUCCUGAUCUGCUGGCUGCCUUUUCACAUUUUUGCUUUCAUUAAGCUUAACUACAAGGAAGAUGAGGACCUUCUUCAAAUGGAAGAAGUGUUUGGCGUUGUUCUCGCCUGUGUCGAGAGCUUUCUGACCCCGAUGAUUUGUGUUUUGAUGAGAAAGGACUUUCAGAAACAUGUUAAAUCUUGUGUUAAAUGCAAAAUCUGUGUUAAAUGCAAAAUGCAAAAUCUGACCCCGAUGAUUUGUGUUUUGAUGAGAAAGGACUUUCAGAAACAUGUUAAAUCUUGUGUUAAAUGCAAAAUAUGA